AUGUCCGACGUCCCACCAACCGAGUCCAUUCCCAAACCAGAGGAACCUAAAGAACCACAACAGUCUCCUCAGCAACCUCAGUUCCAGCAAGUACCUCCGAAUUAC